AAAAGAAAUUUGAAUCAAUGCCCCCGCGGUUGCCGUUCGGUCAAGUCAGAAACCUAUUGCUACCAGGACAGAUAUCUCGAAGGAUGAGCUCGCAGCCAAGUGUAUAUGUGACACGACCAGAUGUGGACGACAGCGGACUGGAGUUGCUGCGCAAGAGCUGCCAGGUGAGCACUUGGUCUGAGACUUUUCCGGUGCCCCGCUCCGAGCUGAUCCGCGAGAUUGCCGGAAAAGAAGCCCUUUACUGCGCCCUAGCGGACAAGAUCGACAAGGAAGUCCUGGAUGCUGCAGGUCCUCAGCUCAAGUGUGUGGCCACAAUUUCCGUGGGCUACGACCACAUCGAUGUGGGCGAGUGCAGGAGACGUGGCAUUCGCGUGGGCUUCACCCCGGACGUGCUGACAGAUGCCACGGCGGAACUGACGCUCGCCCUGCUCCUGGCCACCAACAGGCGGCUGUUUGAGGCCAACAAGCAGGUGUACAACGGUGGCUGGAAGUCGUGGGCCCCCAUGUGGAUGUGCGGCCAGGGACUGAAGGGCUCCCGAGUGGGCUUACUCGGCUUUGGACGCAUCGGCCAAGAGAUAGCGGCUCGCAUUGUGCCCUUCAAGCCGGCGGAGAUAACCUACACAACGCGUUCGCCACGACCUCAGGAGGCGGCAGCUGUGAGUGCCCGGCACGUGGACUUUGACGAGAUGCUCAGCAACUCGGACUUUAUCGUAGUCUGCUGCGCCCUAACCCCGGAGACCAAGGAGAUCUUUAAUGAAGCGGCCUUCCAGAAGAUGAAGUCCAACUGCAUUCUUAUCAACACUGCUCGUGGUGGCGUUGUAGACCAGAAGGCCUUGUACGAGGCACUGAAGACCAACAGAAUUCUGGCCGCAGGUCUGGAUGUCACGUCGCCGGAGCCACUGCCGCUGGACGAUCCGCUUCUUAAACUGGACAAUGUGGUUAUCCUUCCACAUAUUGGCAGUGCUGACAUCGAGACACGUAAGGAAAUGUCCAGAAUCACCGCCAGAAAUAUUUUAGCUGCUCUGGCUGGGGAGAAAAUGGAAGCCGAAGUAUCAGUCUAA